ACAGCAUCCAACCUCAUGCACACGCACGCUGCAUGAUCCCCAACACAAACCGACAGCGUCGCCACUGUGCUUCACCGAUGGAGUGGUAACCUCGUAGUAGUGGGAGUGCUCACGGGUUCCCUGUCGCCCCUUUUUUCCCUGAAGAAUUUUUUUUUUCAUGGAUUCGCCUUUUCUGUGGAAUACCGCUUCAUCCCAUCGCGAGUGAGGUGCUGUGAAUCCAGAAAGGAGAAGUCUUCCGAAAGGAGGCAAGAUGGCGUCCAACAACACCCUGCGCAGCUUCUCCAUCAUCCCAUGUUUCAUCUUCGUAGAGCUCGUUAUCAUGUCCGGCACGGUGUUGUUGGCCUAUUACAUGGAGUGCACAGACCUGUUCAGCGUGCAUGUGCAAGGUUUCUUCUGUAAUGAUGCAGAGCUGAUGAAGCCGUACCCGGGUACCGAGGAGUCCAGCUUCAUCCCUCCACUCAUCCUGUACUGCGUGGUAGCGGCUGCACCCACAGCUAUAAUUUUUAUCGGAGAGGUGUCCAUGUACGUGAUGAAAUCAACAAGGGAAGCUCUGCUGGCCCAGGAGAAAACCAUUGUGACAGGAGACUGUUGUUACCUCAACCCCCUCAUUCGCCGCAUCAUACGCUUCAUAGGUGUGUUUGCAUUCGGCCUGUUUGCAACUGACAUCUUCGUGAACGCGGGCCAGGUGGUGACAGGCGGUCUAUCGCCGUACUUCCUCUCUGUGUGCAAACCCAACUACACCGGCACAGAGUGUCGCUUCAACCACCAGUUCAUUGUCAACGGCAAUAUCUGCACUGGAAACCCUGUCGUCGUGGAGAACGCCCGCCGGUCAUUUCCAUCCAAGGAUGCAUCACUGAGUGUUUACUCUGCUGUUUACCUGACGAUGUAUAUCACCAGCACCAUCAAGACCAAGUCCAGCCGCCUGGCCAAGCCCGUCCUCUGUCUGGGCACGCUCUGUUCAGCCUUCCUCACCGGCCUCAACCGCGUCUCAGAGUACCGAAACCACUGUUCAGACGUAGUGGCUGGAUUUAUACUGGGAUCAGCUGUUGCUCUGUUUCUGGGUAUAUGCGUUGUAAACAACUUCAAAGGUGUUCACAGUGCAGCAGCUAAACAGAAGACUGAAGACUACCGCGGUCUGCCUCUGAUGACCUUCCCUCGUGUUGAGAGUCCCCUGGAGACCCUCAGUGCGCAGAACCACUCAGCAUCCAUGACGGAGGUCACAUGACUAAGGGGGCAGCACCGGGUCACGUUUGCGUCUCCACAGCACUUCCAGACACAAUGACAAGGACGCAUGCCACGUGGCUCCGAAUGCUUAAGAAAACACACAUACUGAUAUAUCUGUUUAAUUCACCUGGGGGACGACAUACACCAUGUUUGUGAUGGUUUUUCUCUUUAGUUGGACUACACUCAGUUCAACCUGCCAAGGCACAUGGACUGCAUUAGUGGCAAAAAUAUCAUAGUACAAACAUAAGCACAGAUUAUUUUUUCCAGGCUUUCAAAACCAUUGAAAACAUGGGCAGUGUGGGUCCUCCAGUGUGUGCUGUUUGUAGUUAGAGGAUGGUGUUUUGUACAUUUUGUAUGAGCGAGUGCUGUAGCCUAUCCUGACGGUGUUAAAUCUGCACACUUCCUGUCAGCUGACUCACUUGGUUUUAAAUCACAUCCUGUCAGGUGACUUGCCUCAUUGAUCGCCACAUCUGUCACCCUCAGUCUGAAAAUCUGCUAUGGAAAAAAAAAUAUUGAUGUUGUUGUUCUGUGAUGUUUAUCAUUUGUACAGAAAAAAGACAGAUUCCUUUUUAUUAUCUCUUCUGUAUAUUAAUUGACCAUGUCGGUCAUAUUUUGUAAAGAUUUUUGUUAAUCUGUAUAACUAUUAUGAUCCAUUUGGACCUGUCUGCCUGCUGUAAACCUGGAUAUGUUUUGGUAUCAGUUUAGGUGUUUUGGGGGAAUGACCCCUCUUCCCUUUGGAGGAAAUGACAAAGAAGAGUGAGUGACAUCCUCAGAGUUAGAAAAUGGGAUUUGGCACCUGUAGUGCCAUAGUAUCAGCCACAAUGUGUAAAAAAAAUAUGGCUGUGUGAUAUUCUCCUUAUUAAUAUGUUUCAUCCCAAUUUCCUGAUUCACUGUGAUGUUAAUAGGAGUUUGUUGACACAGAGGUCCAAUGGGGCUAGCUGGUGUUUGGUAUGACUUCAGAUUUAAUGCUAUAGAUUUGUAAACCCUUUUAUUCCACCAUCCCUGUGGAAACCAUUCAUGUAAAUUGACAUGAAAAAAGGUGUUAAUUCUCUUCAGAGGGAAACUGAGUGACUUAAGGCCUGGCUAGCCCUUUUUAUUGGAAACCAGCCUGAUGACUCCUGCUUCACUUUUCCUCUUCAAGGCUCCCUCCCCCUCCCUGACCCACCAGUGGAUUGUGAUGCUAUGUUGUGACUCCAUUUCCUUUUGGGAGAUAUGCCCAGCAUGAAGAGAGAAGUCAAGAUAUUUUAUAGAUAUUCAUGAUUUCACUUAUACUAAUUAUCAUUGUCAUUAUAUCUGUCUUUUACUUUAAGAACAAAACAAAAAAAGCAUUUCAUUUGAAAUGCUCUUUUUUUUUUUCCUGGUUUGUCCACAAAUUAAAUAGUCAGUAGCAACA